AUGAACGGAGGAAUCUUAGUAGGGUUCGCUGACGUUGAUGUUGGAGUUGAAGUUGAGGCAGACAUGAUGGAGUUGAAACCGGCGUUUGCUGAAAUCAAAGAAUCCAGGGAAAGGGAGAUGCCUUCUGUUCAGGAAGUAGAUGCAAAAGUGAAAGAGCUACGUCAAACUAUCGCAAACCUGAACAACAAACAUAUGUCUCUGAGGACUACUUUAAAGAAGUUGAAAGAGAAAACUGUGGAAAUGGAUGAUAAGAUUUCUGGUGCUGAAUUUAGACUGGUACAAAAUGUUAAAGAGAAUGGAAAUCUACGAUCAAAGAUUGUCCAAUCACCUGACAAAGUACAGAGGGCUUUAGAGGAAAAGAAGUUAGCUCGAGAGGAGACAAGAAAUGCUGAAAGAUUAUCCAUGCACACUUUCCAUGAGAAGACUUCCCUUGUUGAAGUUUUCUCCAAGGUAUGUUGCCAAAGGCUAGUUUAUUUUUGCUCUUCAUCAGCAUUUUGGGUCUGGGUUAAGUAAUAAUUUUGUUGGACUGUAAUGACUUUCUUUCUUAAUUACUUAACAUUUCUUUAGGAUGCAAUUGCAACCCUAACCUAAAUUUGCAAUAUGAUUCAGCU